UCUUGUUUGUCGAAUCUCAUAAAAGUAUCGUUAAGAACGUUCAUGGUGUCAGAUAAUUGAAGAAUUUGAAUUUUGUCAUUAGCCUCAUUUUAAUAAUUGAUGAAUGUACGUGUAAACGAACAGGUUUUGUUUGAAUAAUUAAAAUCAAUAAAGAUAUAAUUUAUGAUACAACUUAGAUGAUUAUUUUGAAAUUUCAUCAAUUCGAGAAAGCAAGAAAAAAUAAAUAUUAUGGUAAUAAAAAAGAAAUUUGUUGAAUCAUUCGAAAUUGAAAAUAAGAAUAGAUUGAGACACGUGAAUGCUUCGUAAAAGAAGAAUCAGUUGGCUCGCACCAUUUUCGUUCUCAACACAUCGUUCUACGAUGGCACGACUCGCCCGGAUAUAUCUCGUUACUUUCAAUGGCCGAUCGGCAUUAGACAUCUUUCUUUAUUUGCUUUUACGUUUCAACAAUUUCUAACCAUGCAUUGAUAUUUUAUCAAGACGAAACGAUCUGAUCCUGUCACUAUAAAUUUUUCACUUUGGAGCAAUCCAAAUAAUCUGAUAAUAAUAAAAAAAAAAAAAAAAAAAAAAAAAAAAAAAGAAAGAAAAAAAACAAAAAAGAAAAAAACAUCAUCAUAAUGUAGAACACAAAAAAAAAAAGAAAGAAAAGAAGGGACACGAACGAACAUGCAUUGCACACUGUUAGAUCUUCUGAACUAUUUAUGUUAUUUCCUGCCUAGCUUCACGUUAGAGUUAGAUAUAUAUCGUGGUCUAUUCGCAUCGAGAGCAGCCGACAUAGGAGUGUAUAAAAGUACCAGUACUUGCGCGUGAGAGAGUUCUGACGAAGAGAGAAGAAGAUGAAGAACCCAUUUUAGAGGCAGAGAGAGAGAGAGAGAGAGAGAGAGAGAGAAAGAGAGAGAAAGAAAGAGAGAGAGUCUGAUGUGGAGUGUCAGUUGAUAGGUUUACGAUAGCUGCCGAAAGAUUGACGGCCGAAUCCGUCAGCAGUUCUCUACGCGUGGACGCACUCGGGAUUUUCUGCAAUUUUCCUGUCGGUCUUCGGCGCUCGUAGGCCAAGCACGUUCUUUCAAGGUUCGAAAGCUCGGCAUUCAAUUCGAUUCGCGUAUCUCAACUUCGCGGGGCUCGAGUAGGCUUUCACUGAAAAUACGAGAUUGCGUGAAUUCGCGAUCAUCUCUUAGGCGAGCUCGAUUUCUUUUUUGUCUUUCUUUUUUCUUUUCUCUCUCUCUCUCUCUCUCUUUCUCUCUCUUUCUCUCUUUCUCUCUAUUUUAAAAACUCACCAACAUAGUCCAUUAAUUUGUGUUCGCUGUCAUCUAAAUUUCUAAAAAAAAAAAAAAAAAAAAAAUAACACUAUGACGUCUGACAAAUCUAUCUAAUACGAUUGUGUAACGUUGUUGAAAACGUUGAAGGAAUAGCAAUAAUUUGUUCAAUGAAAUAAUGAAAUGGCAAAACGAAAAUGAAACGCAUCGUUAGAAACUUUCCCACAAACGAUAAAUCACGCUCUAACGAGGUAGAGAUUUUCUUUUUUUUUUCUUUUUUUUUUUUAGACGAUCCAAUUAAAAGUCAUCCUAAAGAAAUAGAUUAUCUAAAACUAGGAGCAAAGAGAAAGAAUAAAGGCUUCGCGCGUACGAAUAUCUGGUCGAUAUACAUACAUAUGUAUAACGAGCUGUGUUCACCGAACGCCUUCGUACCUUUGUUGACGUACAAAGGAACGGCGUGACAGUCCAGCCCUUCUCUUCUUGCUGUUCUCCAGGGUUGAAAGAGAGGACAGAGAAAGAGAGAGAGAGAGAGAGAGAGAAAGAGAGAUAAAGAGAAAGAGAAAGAGAGAGAGAGAGAGAGCAUCGACACGAAGAGAAGCAGCAGCAGCAGCAGCAGCAGUAGCAUAGCGAAUAUUACGGGGGCGUCGAGGUGGAGGGAGAGUCGUUGGGGGAUAAAGAGGGAGAGAGGGGAGAAGACGUAACUCAACGCAUGUGCACAGGGCGCCUCGCGUCGCGGCGCUCUGGCUCCCGCCGUCGGAGGCUGCGAGAAAUCGAGUCGUCGCUCGGAAUUCGCGGAUCAGAGUGGUCGCAUCUCUCGUUAAAGGCAUACUAACGUGCUGUGUAUCGUAAGCUCCGCGGUAAGCUCCGCGGCGUUUCAUGGGAAUCGACGGAACUGCCGGCGUCCCGACGCUGGCUGUCGACGCGUACGCGACGAGAAAGAAAGUGAUCGUGUUUUUUAACGAGGACGAUGAUAAGGAUAACGUUGAGCGAUCGGUGACGAACGAUAUCACAUUUGGAUCUUGGAUACCCUGUUCGCGGUAUGUCUUAGAUAUAAACGAAGAAGAUGAGAAAAUCAAAAAUCGGCAGGGAACAAGUCCGUUGAAUUUCUUUGCUCGAGGGGAACCAAUGCCGAUCGUUCGUCUAACGAGAGAACGAAGGUGCAACGAGACUCGCAGGACGACUAUCGGCCAUCGCGAAAGGCAGGACUCUUCGAGGAGGAGCGAGUCUCUCGGUUAAUGGAUCUCGAGAGGAGUACGAGUACGUCCAAGAGUAGACGUAUCGAUAGUGCCUGAUUUCACUUGGAAGGAACGAAGGAAGGAAAGAAGGAAGAAACGAAGGAAGGAAGGAAGGACCAAAAAGAAGAGAGUGUUACGUGUCUUUACGAGAAGAAGAGAGUAAAUCGAUUCGAGACGAACCAAGGAACAAAUUGACCGUUCGUUCGCAUGACUCCGUAGGUUAACAGCUCGCUUAUUUUUUAUUAUUAUUCAUUGGCAACGCUCGGCAGAAAUAAUUGCGAAUAUCAUUUACAAUACCGACGGGUAUCCGAUGGUGUCAAGAGUGUCUCAUUAAAUUUCGAAAGAAAGUAUUCGUGCGAAAGAGAAAGCCGGUGGUGAGUGAUAAGGGAAGAAGAAGGGUGAUAUGGUGAAUGGACUUGUUUGGACGCGUUGCUACCAGGUAGAGGAAAGAGAGGCAGCUAGGAGGACAGGUACUCGGUCGAUGGUGUUGUCUUUGUCAUCGUUAACGACGAGGAGUGUCGGUGAUCGCGUGGCGGACGUUCCGGUCCUAGUUGUUAUCUUUCUCGGCGCUGGUCCGAGGUCGGAGCAAACGGAAGAAGCAGAGGAAGAGGAGGAGGAGGCGGCUGCGGCGGUGGUGGUGGUGGUGGUAGUGGUGUUGGUGAGCCGAGAACUCUCGAGGAAGUAUCAACCACGACGGGGCCCAGCUCCGGGCCGAAGACAGGGCCCCCGGUGCAGGGACGCGAAAAGGAACGUCACCCGGAGGGGGAAGCCGAGAUCGGCUUAGCAGCCGCAUCAGCAACGGCCCUGAAACCACAGGGGAGAGGUCCUACCCCCUUACAAAGGGGGACGCAAACCGGGACCGGGAGGCGACCGAGACGACGGAGACGCCGGAAAAAGAAGCGACGGAGGUGAGCCACCGAGGUGCGGCGUAAUUUCGUCAAUAGGGUGGGCAGAGGAUCGAAACGCGUCCGGAGCAGUUUGGUGCAUUAAACGAAGGGAUCAUAUCGGGGAAGACGAAGGACUCUGACUACUAGCCUCCCCUUCCCUCGUGUGCGCGACUACUUCUUCCCCCCUUUUCGCGUCUAGAUAAUAACCUUCCCACCCAUCGUUGCUCCAGUUUCCGAUUUUUCUUUCUUCGGUGGUGAGCCAAGUGUGAUAAAAAUUAAAUGAUAUGUACCAGUGAUCAGAGGUGAUGGUGGUGUGAUACUACGAGAGAAGGGUGCGCGCGUGUCAGAUCUAUGUGUGUGUGUGAAUAGAAGAAGCGAAAUAGAGCGAGAGGGUGAGAGGGUGAAAGAGAGAGAGAGAGAGAGAGAGAGAGAGAGAGAGAGAGAGAGAGAGAGAGAGAGAGAGAGAGAGAGAGGAGGAGAGAGAGAGAGAUAGGGUAAGAGAGCGAGGGCAAGGAUUACGAAGAUACACGGUUUGAGGUGAUAAAUAUAUAAUAUAUGUAAAUGUAUAUGUAUACAUUCAUGUAAAGACGUGUGCCAGUGUGUGCGUACGGAGAGUACAAAAAGUUUAGUUAUAUAGGAGGUAAUAGAAGAGGAGAAAAAGAAAAGUUACGAAAAGAGAAAAAUAAAAAUAAAAGAGAAGAGAGAAGAAGGAUCGGUUUAAGAAGGAGUCAAAAAGUGAAAUAGAAGAAAGAAAGAAAGAAAGAAAGAGAAAGAGACAGACAGAGAAAAAGAGCGUGGAGAGGGUGGUGGUGAUAUCGGCAGGUGGGAGAGGAGGGACAGUAGUAGUAUAGCAUGAGUUCGUACUUCGCGAAUUCGUACAUCCCGGACCUGCGAAAUGGCGGGGUGGAACACCCGCAUCAGCAUCAGCAGCACUACGGUGCCGCGGUACAGGUGCCCCAGCAAACGCAAUCGGUACAGCAACAAUCGCAACAGCCUGGCGAUCCGUGCGAUCCGAGUUUGCUUAGGCAAGCGGUGUCUGCGCACCAUUAUGGGGCAGGUGGGGGUGCCGGUAGUGCCGGUGGACAGCAGGACAUGCCAUAUCCGAGGUUUCCGCCGUACAAUCGGAUCGACAUGCGAAACGCGGCAUAUUAUCAGCAUCAACAGGAGCACGCUGGAAUGGACGGUAUGGCGGGCUACAGGUCGGGCUCACCGACCACGGGGAUGGCUCACAUGGGUCAUACACCCACGCCGAAUGGUCAUCCCUCAACUCCAAUCGUCUACGCGAGCUGUAAACUCCAAGCGGCCGCCGUCGAUCAUCAAGGAAGCGUUCUCGAUGGGCCGGAUAGUCCGCCGCUCGCCGUCGAGACUCAAAUGCACCAUCAAAUGCACACCCAGCACCCUCAUAUGCAGGCCCAACAGGCACAACAGACGCAUCAGCAACAGCAAUCCCAACACCAACAUCUACAGGCGCAACAACAGCACAUGAUGUAUCAACAACAACAGCAACAGCAACAGGCUCAGGGUACGACGCAACAGCCUCAACCUGGCAUGCACCCUCAGCAACAGCCUCAAACACAGCAGCAUCAGGGGGUCGUAGCUUCGCCGCUUGGUCAGCAGCAACAGCCCACCCCUCAGGGAGCCGCCAGCGCGAACCUACCCAGUCCUCUCUAUCCUUGGAUGCGGAGUCAGUUCGAGAGAAAGAGAGGCCGACAAACGUACACCCGUUAUCAAACGCUGGAACUGGAAAAGGAGUUUCAUUUCAACAGAUAUCUCACGAGGCGGCGACGUAUCGAGAUAGCGCACGCCCUUUGUCUUACGGAGAGACAGAUAAAAAUCUGGUUUCAGAACAGGCGGAUGAAAUGGAAGAAGGAGAACAAGUCUAAGGGUGAUCCAGGCUCGGGCGAUGGCGACACCGAAAUUUCUCCGCAAACGUCGCCGCAGGGUUGAAAGAACCCCCCGGAGGAGUGGAACUUCCAAAGAGGUCUCAUCUCUCUCAGGGUCGUUAAUACCUUAUUUCCAGCACUACCUCCUUCCCCAAACCCCCAUUUAAUGACCUCCCCCAUCCCCAGGACGAACCCCGACUCCUUCGACCUCCCUCCCCCCCUAUCUCCCCCGCCCCCGUCUAAUCAUACCCCAACCAGCAAUGACGCUUCUUUUGUCGUGUUAAUCAAGUUACUCGUACCAAAAAAAGAAAGAUGUAAUAGGAAUAGAAGCGAAGAAGACGCGAUGAAGAACGUUCUUGUAGUAUAGAGAAGAAGAAGAAGAAGAGGAAGAAGAAGAAGAAGAAUGAACGAUGACAAAGGAAUGGCAGAGAGAAAGAGAUAGAUAGAUAGAGAAAGAGAGAGUGAGAGAGAAAGGAGGUGUAUGAUGGUGCGGACAAGGACGACAAGAUUGAAGGAAGGGAACGUAGAACGGGAGAAGGAGAAAGAGAAUGAAAGAAAGCUAGAAGAGGGUUAGAGAUAAAAGACAAAAAGAGAGUCGGAAGAGAAUUUAUGGGAAUGAAUGAUGUUACGGAUAUAACGGAAUGAAGAGGCAAAAUAAAAGGAACUGGAUCACAUGCUAAUCAGAACCGCGUUAACCUCUAUUACGUUUAAACGAACAUAAUUGUACUAAAGUCUAUAUAAAUAUACGUCGUCGAAGGAAAUGUACGUAUUUAAAAUACGUUGAUUGCCACUCGAUUGUCGUAAGUCUUAUUUUGAGGGUAGGGAGGUGGGACUAUGGUAUAAAAAUAUUCAUUAUUAUAAGCAUAUAAUAAUAAAUUAUUAUAUUUUGUGAUUAAAUGAGACUAUACCAUUAUUAAUAGUUUUAUUUCGUCGAUGAUCACUCGUAUUCAUCGUGAUCGUACAGUAAUGUUUGAAAAUUGCAAAAUAGAAAAAUAAAAAAAAAAAAAAAAAGAAACUUAAUGUAACGAAUGCACGAAUAAUGUAAUUAUUAAUUGUUUCAUAGGACACAAUAUUUAUUUUACAUUGUUAUCUAGUUGUCGAAAAUUUUUUUAACGGUGUCAUAGAUUGACUUUCUAGUUAUUAAUUUGUAAAUUUUUCCCAUUGAAUAUAACGAUACCAUUUGAAGGACAAAAUCAAUAGUGGCAAUCAACGUGUUAAAGGGAAUUUGCGAGAAUAUCGAUGGAAGUGUAUGAGAAAGUAUGGAAUAUUAAGGAAGAUGUGUGUAUUUGCCUGUGUGAUAGAUAAUACGUGUAUGUUGAUAUCGAGUGAGGAAGAAAACAAAAAAAAAAAAAAAGGAAAGAUAAAACCGCGUAAUAAGUUAGGAAAAUGUUUUUAUUAUUUAUUCUCUUACGUCGUAUAUACGUAUAGUCGUAGAGAGCGGUUAGUAGAAUAUAAGAGAGAAUGAAAGAAAGAGAGAAAGAAUGAAAAUGAGAGAAAGAGAGAGAGAGAAAGAGAGAGAAAGAGAGAAAGAAUGAGAGAGAGAGAGAGAGAGAGAGAGAGAGAGAGAAAGAGAGAGAGAAAGAGAGAGAGAAAGUUAUGGUUGUCCAUCUGUAAUACUAUGUAACGGUGGAUGUACGAGCACAGUUUAGUGUCCUUUAGAGAUUCGUUUAGAUAGUUUUUUCGCUACACUACCGCGCGCGCGCGCACGCGCGCGCGUGCACGGCCAGUGACUUGGCGAAGGCAUCUCGAAUUUUCUGCGAACGUGCCAACGUGUGUGAUCUUUUGAACGUAUUUUUCGCAUUAUCGAAAUCGGAAUUCACGUAGGCAAAGAAGAAGAAGAAAAAAAAAAAGCAAAAAAAAAAAAAAGAAAAAACAAAAACUGACGGAAUGAGAAAUAAAAGAAAAAUUGGAAGAACGAAUCGAGAUAAUGAGGAAAAAUUUGUAAUACUUAUAUAUAUACGAAACAGUGAAAAUUAAAAUAAAGUGCGCGUACGGGAUGUCCCCGUUUGUUCGUAAAACGAGACGCGAAAUUAGUGAAAUACGGUGAUAAAACGAAAAUGAAAAGGAAAAUGAGAAAGAGAAAGAAAACGAAAACGAAUCGGAUAAUGAGGAAAAAAAAAGAAAAAAAAAAUGAAUAAAAGGACAGAAAAAAAAGAUAGAAGAUGGAAGAUGGAGACAGGAGUAUCGAAUGGAACGAAGUUGAAAAUGUUUUCUUUUUUCUUUUUGUUUUUCUUUUUUUUUUAUUUUUGUCCGAUAUAUAUAUAUAUAUAUAUAUAUAUAUAUAUAUUUUUUUUUUCUCUCUCUUUAUUAUUAACAAGAAGAAAAUGAGUGAGAUAUCGGCGAAGGGAAAGAAAAGAAAAAGAAAAGAAAAAAGCAAAGAAAAGAAAGAAAUGUUAUAAUUUAGGGAAGAAACGGCGGAGGUCCUCCGGCAGAGCAGAGACCAGCCAACUUGGCGUUUAUUCAUCGAUAUCGUCGCAAGGUCAGUCACAUAUAUGAAAGUUAAAUUAGAAAUUAUUUCGUUCGAUCGAGUUUACGUUUCUUUUCGAAUGAUAUCAUUAAAAUCAUUCGUAGAAACGUUAGACCGAUUAAAAAAUCGUUAAAGGAUUCUUAUAACGCCUUGCAUUUAAAUCUAAUGUGCCAAUUAGCAUUUGAAAUUGUGCAAAUUGCAAUUCGACGGAUAUAAUACAUUUUUUUUUUUUACUUUGAUAAUACUCUUUUCUUCUCUGUAUUCGGGUGAAGUACUUUCUAGUAUCAUGGCUACCGGUUUUAAUCGAAGGAAGAUGUUCAGCGUAUUUUUCAAAGAGAAACGCGUUGCAAAGCGAGUUUACGCGAUCGUAAAACCGGUUCUUCCGAUUAAUCGAGUAUCGUCGAUAAAGAGAAAGAGAUAGAUAGAUAGAGAUAACGAGAGAAAGGGAGAGAGAAAGAGAGAGAGUGAGUGAGUGAGUGAGUGAGUGAGAGAGAGAGAGAGAGAGAGAGAGAGAGAGAGAGAGAAAGAGAAAGGGAGAGAAAGAGUGCAAGAGUGAGAGUACACAGCAUCCAUUAUCUUGAUUUACAUGCAUCUUCCUUCGACGGUGAAAACGCGCUUUAAUGAUCUCGAUCGACCUCUUCCGGAAUUACGUUGGAAAUAAUUCGCAUUCGCGGCACGACGACCUUUCGUUUCUGUAAAUAAUUUUCCAUGUGGAAUAACGGGGUGGAGUAUAAAGGGGAAUAUAAAGAAAUGGAGGUGGGGAUUAUCGGGGGUGGACGAGGAAGAAGGUAUAUUAUUCUCGCGCACGAUCGUCGAUCCUUUAAAAAAUCGACUCCUGCUCCGCGCGACGUGAGGCCAAGUUACCAAGUGAUGUAAUACAUAGUGUAUUUUUGGAAUAGGAUGUUUUCGGCAUGAAACCGCUUGGCAACUUAAUGGCGUCUCGAAAGUGGAUUUACUGGCACGGGAUCCUCUCGUCGCGAGCCAAAUUCUCUUUCGCAGAGUAACGGCGCGUAAUUUUGAAAGGAAAAAUGAAAAUGAUACAAAAAAAAAUAAAAAAAAAACACAAGAAAGAAACCAAAAACAAAACAAAAAAAAAGCUAAGAUAAAAUAAAAUAACAAUAUAAAAAAGAGAGAAAAAAAAAAAGAAAGACACUUGUUCGAUCACCGUCCAUGCUUGCGACGAAAGUGGCAUCACCAUUUUAACCAAAAGAAGAAAAGAAAAUUAAAAAAAAAAAAAAAAUGAAAAGAAAAAGAAAAAAAAAAAGAUUCGCAGUGCGGUAUAUUGCUUUGUUAAAUUUUGAAAAAAAUGAAAGAAAAGAACAAAAGAAAAAAAAAGAAAAGAAAAGAAAAGAAAAGAAAAGAAAAACGAAGAGAGAACAUAAAAAUUGUAUCGCUUUUUCCUCGAUCGCAUUUUGCAUUUUGUCUUUAUAUUUCUUACAGAAAAUUUCUAAUCUAACGAAUAUCGUUCGCGUUGAAGCGUUGGGACGCGUUAAAUGUGUCAAGCGGUGAACCGGAUAGCCUGUCGGCUCGAACACCGAGCGUGAUAAGAACGAAAGUUCCUCCGAUUGGCCGAAAAAUGUCGCUAACGAAGAAUUCAAAGAAAUUCUAUACUCGGUGUUUUUAUCCUAACGAGCCAAGGUACUCCGCCGCGGCGAAAUCUGUGCUGUGUUGUAAACUUAGCUCGACAUACGUUUAGUUUAUACGUGCUCACACAUACACAUACACACACAAACACACACACAUACACACAAUACACAGAGACACAUACACAUACACUUCAUUAACGAUAUACGUAAUGAACGAUAUUAAUGAACACUUAAUGAUAAUUAUAAUGAUAAAAGUAAUAAGGAUAAUGAUAACGGUAAAGAUAAACGGACGGCGCUGCUGAUGGAAGUAUUAAUGCAAAAAUGAAAUAAAUGAAGAAAGAAAAGACAAAGGGAAAAUAUAAAUGUCGCUAUGUAGAAUGAUGUUAAAAGAGAAUGAAUGAAAUAAAGAAAAAGAAAUAAAUGGGGAAAGGUACAUACUUAUUACGAAAGAAGUCGUACGCGUUUCGUAUGUACAUACUCAUAGAAAUCGUCUCCCCCUAUUUCGUGUUUAAAAAGAUAAACGAGGGUUGAAAAAAUGUGCUUACCGAUAUACGUAAUUAAUGGUCGUUCAUUCAACGGCCGGCCUUCCUUAAUCGAAAGAUUUAUUUAUGGAAAAUCUUUUUGUCCUUUGAAAGCAACGAACUCACUAUAAAAAGAUUUCCGGCGAUCGUUCUUUCACAACCUUCGCGUAACUUUAUAUUUCAUUGACGAUUUAACGAAACCAACAAAGUAUCUCGGUUCUCGUUAUUAUAGACGAUAAUAUUAAAACUAUUACGAUAAUGAUAAUAGUAUAUUUUUUUGGUUUAAUUAUAAAGAGAAAUGCCGUGGGAUAUCGUUAAAUGGAUUUAUCGUAAGACGAUCGAUUCGUGUAUCGUUCAUUUGACCGUGACAUUCAUUGAUAUAAAUUGAUCGUCGAUACGAAAUGAUCAACGACGAGAUCUUACGUUCUCUCGUAGAAAUUUAAUCGUCGAUACGAUGCUCGUGUACUUAACUAAGUAAUACACGUGAAUGGCAUUCGAAAGUAGCAUAAUCAUAAUUGGCUUGAAAUAACGUCGCCCUGGAGAAAAUGAAUGUGGUAUCUUGUUCGCAUUGACCGUAAAACCAUUCAUCACAUUUCUUCUUCUUCUUCUUCUUCUUCUUCUUCUUCUUCCCUCCACCUACGGUUUAUAAAGCAUAUGAAAGAAAAAAGAAAAAAAAAAAAAAAGAAAGAAAAAAAAAUCAAGAAUCUAUAAAGAUAUUUUCCACUCAUAGAUUAUGGCCGUGCGUUUUGUUAUCUCAACUCGUUAUCGGUUAGCUCUUAGUGCAUUGAGACUAGUAGUCUGACUCGCACUUUCGAUAACGCGAUUUAUAAACGCGUGCAAUAAAUCGAUUAACCUUAACAGUUCGAAGCAACGAUCCUUUCGAACAUUUCGUCGAUCGCUCGCGACACGCGAGUUAAUUCCAGAUACAUUAAUCAGCGAUACGAUCUAUAUGGGUCAGAUAAUAGUUGGCAUUGAGGUGCCGAGGGUGCGGCUUUGCGAGACAAAGCUGCUAUUUAUUACCCUUACGCCACGAUAACGGACGUGUUACGACAUGGUACAAACGAAGUCCCGAUCAAAAUUUUCCGUUUUUCCUUCUCUCGUUCCUUAAUCUUUUGAGAUAAUCGAAAGAUUUCGAAUCGAUCGAGGGACUAUGGAUAUUUCGACUUCGAAAUCAAUUCCCUUAGCAAUAUCCCAAGUAUUUCUCUUUCGUAAAAGUGAUUCGUAAGUGCAAUAAACGAACGUAUUUUAUUCUUUUUAUUUUCUUUCUUUCUCUCUCUUUUUCUUUUUUUUUCCUUCUUUUUUUUUUGUUCUUUUAUCUCUUUUUCUUCUAAUCGAUCGUAAUCGAGGAAAAAAAAAAUCGUCGCGAACGAUCGCCGUGAACAUCGACUUUACAUAACAACAAAUGAAAUUUUGUAUUCGACGAAUGGCCGAGUUCCAUUUAAACGUAGAAAGGUAUAUAAUGUUAUGUGACCACGGAGUAAAAAGAAUAUGAAGGAUAUAUAAAUAAUGAAAAAUUGAGAAAAAGAGUGAAUGAAUGAGAGAGAGAGAGAGAGAGAGAGAGAGAGAGAGAGAGAAAAUUCGUAGAAUUAACUGGAAGGUAUAAAUUCAAAUUAUAUAUUUUAUCUCUACUCGUAUGCAUAUAGUCGCGUAAUGAAAUAGAAAAAAGAAAAGGUAAAUUUUAUAUAUAUAUAUAUAUAUAUAUAUAUAUAUAUACAUAUAAUAAUUUAAAGUAUAUGUGUGUAAAAGAGUUUUAAGAAUAGAGGGAGAUGAGGCAAAAGCUGGAAAAAAAAAAACAAUGUGUACGUACGAAGUGUGUCGCUACGUUAGCCCAUAAUCUCGAUUAAGAUUAAGGACUAAAAUCUACUUCCUAAGGUGGUAAUUAAAUAGAUUAUUAAGAAAAACGGGCAUGUCGGUUGCGGCGGGCGGGGAAAACGAUUAAUGACGAAAAUCAGAUCGAUUCUAGAGAAUGAAAGAAAUAGAGAGAAAGAGAGAGAGAGAGCGAGAGAGAGAGAGAGAGAGAGAGAGAGAGAGAGAGAGAAAGAAUGAAAGAAUGAAAGAAUGAAAGAAAGAAAGAGAGAAAGAAAGAGAGAAAGAAAGAGCAAAUGAUGGAAUGAAUAAAAUGGGCAAAUGAUUGCGAUUGAAAUUCCGCUAUUGUGAAUAUGGAGAUAUAUAACAAGAAAUAAUACGUACUACAUAGUUCAUGGAGUUUGCGGUAAUGUACAUACGUAAUCUUAAUGUUUCUACCGGAGAGCCCGUAAACGUCAUGACGCAUAAAGCGGCGUUUCGAAUGAGAGAAAGAGAGAGAGAAAGAGAGAGAAAGAUAGAGUGAGAGAAAGAUAGAGUGAGAGAAAGGGAGAGAUAGAUAGAGAGAGAAAGAGAGAGAGAGAGAGAGAGAGAGAGAGAGAGAUAAAGAUAGACACAUACAACCAGCAGCUUUCGACCGAUUAUAUCGUUUAGCAACGUAGUAUUUAUUGAUAUACCAUGUUAUAUGUCGCAAAAUGGAUUCUUUAUUUGUUUUAACUGAUUGUCUAAUAAAUAUUUUUUACAAUGUAAACAGGUAGUUUUUAGGUGUAUUUGUGCGUACCAAGUCAAAUGAUAUCCCAGAAAAUUGUCUGUUUUCUUAAAACGAAAAAUUUCAUGUGCUUAAUCGAAGUUUUUCAUUCUAUUCUAUAUUAAAUACUUUCGAUUAUUUUAACGUCGUUGAAAUAUUAUCAGCUCUCAAAAGAAAUCUCAACUGAUUCCUUUCGAUAUUGUUACAUUUUUUUUUUUUAUCUUCUUUAUUUUUCUUUUCUUUUUUUUUUUUUCUUCUUCUUCUUUUUCUUCUUCUUCUUCUUCUCUCUCUUUGCAUUAUUGUCAAUCUUUAAUAUUUCGAAGAGUCGAAAGUAACGUUGGAAGAAUUUUUAUUCAUGAAAAUUAGAUUGUGAUUAGAGACUUGAAUCGAGUUAGAGUAAUCGAUAUCUUGAAGUCGUGACCUCGCACGCGAAUGCACCGAAGAGUUCCUGACCCCCCUGUGCUCUCCUGGCAGGUGUCGUUAGUUUCGUAUAAUAAAUUUAUAAGUAUAUUGUACAUCUAUCGAGAUCAUCUAUCUUUAAAAAUAUGUUUAGCAGAGAAAAAGGAAAAAGAAAAGAAAAGAAAAGAAAAGAAAAGAAAAGAAAAGAAAAAAAAAAAAGAGGAAAAGAUUCCUUCGGCUCCGAACUUCGCUCUCGAUAUAAAUAAACUCGAUCGUUAAAUUUCGCUCUGAUAAGUAACUUAAAUACCUUUUGCAAACUGAAACGCCAUUGACGUUUCUUUUUCUUUACUUUUUUUUUUUUUUUCUUUUUUCCUUUCUUUCCUCUUUCUUUAAUUUAUUUACAAAAAAAAGAAAAAAAAAGAAGAUCGAUCGAACGAAAAUGUCCGAUGGGAUAUCGAUCGAUCAAAAAAGUUACGCAUCUAAGUACGUACGUAAGAACGAUUGAAUUUCGAUGUUUUAUCAUUUCUAUCGGUUACUUACGACGAUAAAUCGCAAGGUAGCUCGCGAAAGGCUUAACUUGUUGUACCGUACUAAAUCAACUAAUUUAAUACUCAACGCUCGUCGAUGUAUAUCGUGUGUAAAUACAGAAGUAAUUAAGAUGCAUCGGAUAACGGUAUCAUCGCGUCAGUCUGGACAUUGCGCGCGAGUUAAAUCGAUUUCUCCGACGAAUACGAAUAGACGAAUUAUACGAGAUGUCAUUUCAAUUCGAAGAAAGGAAAAACGAAGAAAAAAAGGAAAAAAGCAAAAAAAAAAAAAAAUGAGGAAAAGGCAAAUAGAAAAAAUGAGGAAAGAAAGAAAAAUUACGUGUAGUGUACGCGAGGUAUCCCUCUUUAAGCUCAACGUCCCCCUACCUCCCCCCCUCCCACCACCCCCACCAUCCCCAUCCUCAUCCCUGUUCUCCUUCCAUCCAUUCAUCCUUCCUACUCCACAUCGGCAGAGCACAGCGCACGAAGACUGAUAGAUCCGAUUAAAUGCCACAUACAUACAAUAUAACGAGAAACAUUGUAUACAUUAGAAACGGAAUAAGUUUGAUAUAACGAUCGAAAUAAUGUAGAAAUCAAUAUAUUAAUAUUCGAUUUAACGUGUACGAAUAUAAAAGUAAAAGAAAAAUGUUCGUCGACUUACGAAAAUAUUCGAAAGUUGUCGAUCGACAAAUGAAUUUCAUGAAUCGUUUAGAUGAAAAUUUAAAAAGAAAUCGGAAAUAGAAAAUAGAGAGGAAAACAAAACAAAAAAAAAAAAAAAAAAAGGAGAAGACAAAAAGAAAGGAAAAAAGAAAAAUUACAGAAAAAAUCAAAUUGUUUCUCUUGUGCUCUGUCGCGCUUCUUUAAUCGGUUGUAGAGCAAUAAAAGAAAAGGAAAAAAAAAAGAAAAAGAAAAAAGAAAAAAAAAAAAAUGAAAGGCGCGAACGAUCAUCCCACGUUGUACAUAAUCCGAUGAACGUUGUGUAGAGAACAUCUAUGGUACUUCCUUUUUCCUUUUUUUUUUUUUUUUAUCGGCAGGGCAAU